AUGAGCCAGAGUGAUGAUAUUCCAGACUGGGUUCUCGCGCAGACACUAGAGCGCCGGCGGCGUGAACUUGAGACAGACGAGCGAGAAUAUGCCGGACGUCUUGCUGCAGCCCGUCAGAAGGAGGUGACAAUGAGAAAACUGUCUCGCGCUCAUAGAGUCAUAAUGCACGAAGAACAAGGUGAUGACCUUGAGGAAGCUGAUUUCUUGCCUGACGAUCAUGACACCUCCGAAGACCGAUCGAAUGAUGAACUAUCUAACGUAUCUCCUGCAGUACGCGCUCUCAUGAACAAGUUGAACCGUGGUACAGGUGGAACGGAGCAAGAACAGGAGCCUAUGUGCACAAAGAUUUACUAUGCGUCCCGCACCCACUCGCAGCUGGCUCAAAUUUUGCAUGAAUUGCGCAAACUUCGAAUUCAGCUGAACCUCUCCCUUUCGUCACAUUCAGAAUAUCCGCUCGCGCUUCCAGGAGUGUCUGACCCCGCUCGUGCUAAGCGCUCAGUUUCAGACAUAGAUGAUGAUGAUGAUCCACAAACUGCUGGUACUGCUCGCACAGUAUCACUUGGAUCCAGGAAGCAGCUGUGUAUUCAUGAAGAGCUACGAAGACGCACAGGAGAUUUGGACGAGGCUUGUCGGCAAAUGCUUGGCGAGAAGGGAAAGCAGCGAUGUCCACACCUUCCUGGCGUGGAUGAUGAAGUACGUAUGCUUGAUUUACGUGAUCAGAUACUAGUAAGCGUCUCGCCGGCUGUACUUCAAGUUAGCGAUCGCUCAAUUGCGGUCAAGGCAACACCUAAGGAUAUUGAAGAUCUAGUCGUCGCAGGCCAAAACAUGGAGACCUGCCCAUAUUUCGGCUCCCGUCGAGCUAUUCCUCAGGCUCAGCUAGUGUUGUUGCCGUACAAUCUGCUCCUGCAGAAAACCGCUCGUGAAGCAAUAGGUAUUGACUUGAAGGACCAAGUUAUCAUAAUAGACGAGGCGCACAAUCUAACAUCCUCUCUUCUUUCGUUGUCUACAACUCGUCUGCCCUUCCGCACGCUAUCAACAGCUCGGCAACAGCUGUCAAUAUACCUAUCCCGUUUUCGUACAAGACUCGCCACUGCGCAUGCGGUGCAUCUCACUAGACUUAUGAUGCUAUUGGAUGCUCUUCACAAAAAUGCUGAGGAGUGGCGAGAAAGCCUGCAACAGGCAAACACCCCCGGGAAACAGGACGAGGAUCAGAAAGCACUUCCGGCCAAACAUGACAGAGGAAAGGCGCGUGGUCCUGGUGUGGAAGUCAUGACACCAGGAGAACUUCUCCAGAGGCUCGGACGAAAGACGGAGGGCGUGAAUUUACUCGAGAUUGAGGUCUACUUACGUAACAGUAAGAUUGCGCGCAAGAUAUCAGGAUAUACAGUGAAGACCCUAGAGAAAGCCGCAGGCAAAGACUCCGCAAAACUAGCCAAAGUCGCGCGAUUGUCAGGCUCCACACCACCCUUGCAUGCGGUAGAGAGCUUUAUAACCGCCCUCACUUCUGCUAAUGACGACGGUCGUGUAUCGUUUUCUCUUGAAAAUGAUCAGUUGGAAAUCAAAUAUCAACAUUUAAAUCCGUCUACACAUUUUCAAGAUGUCAUUGACGUAGCCAGGUCGAUUAUACUGGCAGGGGGUACAAUGUCUCCUGCUAACAAUCCCUCGCGGCUGAUGAAGAUUCCUGAUAUCAUAAAUCAGUUGUUUUCAAAGCUACCCAACGAGCGUAUCGCUACAUUCUCGUGUGGGCAUAUCAUUCCUCCCUCAAAUCUACAAACCCUCGUCCUAAAGAAAGGUCCACGAGGUAGCGAACUCACGUUUAAAUACGAACAGCGAAGCGAUCGGGCAAUGAUCCUAGAGCUAGGCCAGAUUCUCCUCAACUUUUCCAAUCUGGUCCCUGGUGGUAUGGUUGUCUUCCUGCCCUCAUAUAGCUUUUUGAACGUAGUCAAAACUGCGUGGGAGGGUAGCGGAUUGAUGAACAAGCUGAAGGCCAAGAAAAAGGUCGUGUCCCUCGAUUCCCGCAAAAUUGAGCCAAUUUGUAAUGAUAAUUGUCCCAUGAGGCAGGUAUUCUUAGAGCCACAAGAUAGCUCACAGGUAGAGACCGUGUUGCGUGACUAUGCUGCAGCGAUCCAUGAUGGUGCAGGCGUGAGUAGGGAUGAAAAGGGUCCGACCAAAAGCAAGACUACGGGGGCACUCCUCUUUGCAGUAAUAGGUGCAAAGUUAUCCGAGGGCCUGAAUUUCACAGACGAUCUAGCACGAGCGGUGGUGAUCAUCGGUUUACCUUUCGCCAAUCUUGCAUCCCCGGAGCUUCGUGAACGGAUGGAAUACGUAAACAGAAUGCAGAAGCAAGUGUCUGAGAAACUCGGUUCCGCGUGGAAGAUGACCAGUGGGACCAAAGACGCCGCAACAGAAUUAUACGAGAAUAUGUGUAUGAAUGCUGUAAAUCAGAGUAUUGGCCGUGCCAUACGGCAUCGGGGUGAUUGGGCAUCCCUGAUACUCGUUGAUAGUCGAUACACUUUGCCACGUAUCCGAGAGAAGCUACCAAAGUGGAUCGGACAGGGGACACUAGUUACUGACGGGUUUGGGCAGGCCAUCAAAGAGAUGGCUCGAUUCUAUCGGGAAAAGAGGGGCUAG